AAAAGAGUCGGAAACCAUGGCACUGGGCAUUGGUAGUGUAUUUUGUAGUUUUUAACGAGGUCCCAGUUUUUAACUUAACGCUAAAGUACAAUACAUAAUAACUGCAUAUUAAUAGUCAGCAAAGCAAAAUUUAGAAGCGCCGUGAUCUUGUGCAGUCCAGUGCGGACGAGCUGCAGAUUAAUUGCGUAUGAGUAGGUGAAACACGAUAUCGUUGUGCGCACUUUUCGUGGGAUCAAACUUAUGUCCAUGACGUAUUUUUGCCAUUUGUUGCUUUCGUGACGCUAAUUCGUGCAAUACAGAUUUCGUAUUGCAAAGAUGGUUAGCCUUGCUGACAAACAUUUGGGCUUUCCUGUGACAUUUGUCACCGAUGACUUUGAUGACGAGGAGGAUCCUGUGAUGUAUCUUCUGAAAGAAUGUGUCAAGUUUGUGAAUCAUCCACACGCUUGCGAAGACGUGACGACAUUGCAAGAGAACUUCGAAAGUGCGAGGGCGAUUUGUGACAUGUCCUGGGAGAUGUUAAACAUAGGCGACUGGAAGGAUGUCCCACCACGUUGGAGACGGAUGUACAGCUACGGCAGUUUACUAAAAGCACUCUGUGAACUUGGGCAGGCGAAACCGACAGAGGAUGUCCUGAACACCUGUGACAUGGGUCUUAUUAUGGGUGCUCCUGUAAUGGGCAAUAUACUAACGAAGCUUGCCAGUCGAGUGCAUAAGGAAUUGCCAGAGCUGAUUUCGCCUGCACUUCUUGAGAAGGUGGAGUGCAAGGAACCUCACUCAAUCGCCUUAAAGUUUCCUUUGAGUCGGCUCGCUUGCCCAUCGGUGGAACAUUUUAUGAAAACAUAUUUAAAUGCCGAGCAACCUGUGAUUAUAACCAAAGGGAUGGACUACUGGCCUGCAUUGUCAACACGACCAUGGAGCCGUGUUCUUCACGAAGUACCUAAUUACAAAUACCUGGGCCUCUGGAUAACAAAUAACUUAGACUGGACUAAACACAUUGAUUAUGUCGUAAGAAAUGCAAACUGUGGCCGCAUAGUGCCUGUGGAGCUAGGGAGCAAGUACACUGAUGAGGACUGGUCACAAGAGCUCAUGACACUGGCAUCUUUUGUCUGCACCUACAUUCUGAAAGAAAAGGGCCCAGAUGUAGGUGUGGGCUACAUGGCUCAGCAUCAGCUGUUUCAUGAGAUUCCAGAGCUGCGAGAUGACAUAUGCAUACCAACUUACUGCUGCCUUUCCGAAAAAGAUGAGGAGCCUGACAUAAAUGUUUGGUUUGGCCCUGAAGGCACCGUUUCUCCGUUGCAUCAUGACCCAAAAAACAAUAUUCUAGCCCAAGUGUUUGGAGAGAAGUACAUUCGACUGUAUGGAAAAUCGCAAACUCCUUUCCUGUAUGCUCAUGAAGAACGCCUACUUGAAAAUACAAGCCAGGUGGACGUCGAGGAUCCAGACGCUGAGAAGUUCCCAUUGUUUGAAAAAGCACAAUACACUGAAUGUGUGCUGAGACCUGGUGAAAUGCUAUUCAUUCCGCCAAAAUGUUGGCACUUUGUACGCUCUCUUUCACCAAGCCUUUCCAUAAGCUUCUGGUGGGAAUAAUGAACUCUUAUCAGUAUUUGUUCACUCUGAAAGUGCUUCAUUGAAUGCCAUUGUUUAAAAAUAAAGUUGUGUGUAUAAUAA